AGGGUCCGCCGACGACUUGGCAGGUUCGUCCCGGACCGAUCAUUUCAGGUAGUGCCGUUCGCGAGAUAACACGUGCAUUUAGCGUUCGUGCACCGAAGUGAUCAUGUGAACAGUUUGAGUUGAGUCGAGUGUUGAACAGAGCUAAAUUCCCAAAAAAAAGACAUUCAAAGUGAGUGUUGUUGCAAACCAUGCCAAAAACCGUUCCAAAGAGUUCCAACGAUGACCACCAGUACCGGAACCUCGCAAGUGUCCCACGGGGAGGUGGCACGUUGAACGCCAAGCGUAAGCACAGUGAGCUGCAACCAAAUGGCGAAGCGCCGGAGACUUCGCGUAAGCGACCAAAUUGUAACGAACCGUCAGACCAAAGACCAAACCGAAGAGUGACCCCAAGCGGUGACCAAAGACCGGCAGCGCCCGUCAGACCUCCCGUAGUCAACGAAGGUGCCGACGAAGACCGUGCCAGGUCCAACUACCUGGUGGAGGCCCUUCGCCGUAUCCAGGAGCUGCAGGACGAGAUCGAGUUUCUGGAGAACGACCCGUACGCGGAGGAUGCCGACUCGGAGGACGAGUCCGACGAGUACUACGGCCAGGACCACGCCGGGGCGUCCGUAAUCGUUGGGCAUCAGGCGGAGGCGCUGGGAUUUGCCGUGUGUGCUCGCGAGACGAUGGCCUUCCUGGAGCGUGAGGGAGUCCCGCGGGAUGCGCCCAUGAUGGUAAAUCUGCGGGCACGACUCAUCGGCGAGCGGAAUUAGGGGAGGAGAGUUUCCUUGUAGCAGCUAGCAUAGAUUGCUACUUGGGUUGAAGUCUAGUCAUGGCAUUAGUGUUAAGUAAGUGCAGUACCUGUGAAGGCCGUGAGUUUUUGCAGCGAAAGUCUAGUCAGAACCGUUUAGCUUUGUAAGGAACCAAAGUUUUGAAUAUCUAAGCCAAAUAAUACGUUUAAGAAACUUUC